CUACAUCGUAAAUUGCCUUCAAAUAGCCCACUCCCCAACCCCAGGUCGCGUCGCUUCCUCUCGCUCAAAACAUAUUUUCACUGUGCGCGCCUUCUUGAUUCAAUCCGCUCUUUCCACGCGACGCGCAAUCUCAGAUGACCUUCGAUACCGCUCCUGCGCCUCGACGCCUUCGAGACAACAACCCACAAUUCGGACAGACAUCGCUACCUUCCUCACGCGAGCUUGGUGAAGUGAUACCUGCGAAACUGCCUGAUGGUGCCCCAGUAGCAGCCGGAAGUCCGGCGUUCGCAAAGUCAUGGGCGCAUUUCGUCGCUGGAGGUCUUGGUGGUAUGGCCUCUGCAACCUUGACCGCGCCGCUUGAUGUCCUCAAGACACGCCUGCAAUCUACCUACUAUCAACAGCACCUCGCCGCCAUGAGAACCGCCCGAGGGUUACCGCCGAUCGAGACCAUGUCAUUCGCCCGCAGCUCGUUGCUCCACAUCCGCGAAACGGGGGAGAUCCUGUGGCAGGUCCCCAAGGCCGAGGGCUGGCGAGCACUCUUCAAGGGCCUUGGACCCAACCUCAUUGGUGUUGUCCCUGCCCGCGCUAUCAAUUUCUAUGUGUACGGAAACAGCAAGAAGGUCAUCAGCACGCACUUCAACAAUGGGCAAGAAGCUGCGUGGGUCCAUCUGUGUUCUGCAGCAGCGGCUGGCAUCGUCACAGGAACCGCAACGAACCCCAUCUGGCUGGUGAAGACCCGACUACAACUCGACAAGAACAUCCACAGCGACGGCCGCGGUCGCCAGUACAAGAACGCGCUCGACUGCACAAUGCAGACCGUUAGGAAAGAAGGGUUCUUCGGCCUAUACCGCGGUUUGACUGCCAGUUACCUCGGUGUAUCAGAGAGCACAUUGCAGUGGAUGAUGUACGAACAGAUGAAGCUCGCACUGGCGAGGCGUGCUGAGCGAGUUGCGGCGAGUGGCCGGGGACCUACAGCAUGGGAUACGACAGUUGACUGGACUGGCAAGAUCUCUGCCGCUGGCGCUGCCAAAUUCAUCGCUGCACUGAUCACCUACCCCCACGAGGUCGUCCGAACACGCCUACGACAGGCUCCUCAGCAGGAUGGACGUCUGAAGUACACCGGCCUCGCACAAUGCUUCAAGCUCAUCUGGAAAGAGGAGGGCAUGGCUGCGCUGUACGGUGGACUUGUACCUCACAUGUUCCGUGUCGUGCCCAGCGCCGCGAUUAUGUUCGGCACGUACGAGGGCGUACUGAAGCUCCUCGGCGAGUCCAGCAACAUGUAAAACACCUUUGUCAUUUCUCUUCGCUUGUACAACAUUUGAUUGUACAACAUUUGGCUGCAUGGGCACGGCGUUGCAACAUUGGAAGCAUACACUGACGGCGUCUUUUCACUCGGUAUGGUUACUCAGCAUCUACGCUUAGAUUCUUCGGAACGCUUGUAUAACAAAAUAUGUAUAGAACUGGCGUGAUGGGUUGGGAAUAUAGUGUGGGUGGAUGUAAGAGUACGACGGUAUGAGCGAGCCUCAACUCAGUCACUGAAGACGCAACGAAAAGCCAAAUAAUGAUAAUCACACCAAGCUAUAAAUCUCUGUCAUCAGACCAUCUUUUGUUGACUUGUUACAGUUCAACGAUCGCGCAGCGAAUCGAGCAUUCGG